CUUCGCAUCAUUACGAGCGACAAAGCUGAAAAAUGGCGACGUCCGUCAAGUUUGCUGUUGUUGAUGUCAACGAUUUCCUCACAAAAAAACAAACAAACGAGCCUAGUUUGGCCGCAGAUUGGGCAAAAUUAGAAGAACUUUACAACAAAAAAUUAUGGCAUCAAGUAACUCUAAAACUGCAGGAAUUCGUAAAGCAUCCGUUUCUGCAGACUGGGGACAAUCUAAUACAACUUUACAACAACUUUUUGAGUACUUUUGAGAACAAAAUAAACCCGCUGUCACUGGUGGAGAUAGUGGCGGUGAUCGUGGAGCAGUACAAGGACAAGAAGGAGGCCAUUGCCUUCCUGGAGAAGAUCGAACAGAAGGUCAAGAUCAACGACGAGGCCACCGCUCUGUGCAAGGUGCUGCAAGGCCAGAUAUACUUGGAGCAGCUGAACGACCUGGACUCCACGGAGCGCGUGAUCGGCGAGCUGGAGGGGUCGCUGGAGGACGCGGACGGGGUCACACCUGUGCAUGGACGGUUUUAUAAGCUGGCCUCGGAGUAUUACAGAGUCCGCGGCCCCAUGUCCAAGUACUACCGCGCGGCGCUCCGCUACGUGGGGUGCGCGCGCGGGGGCGCCGCCCUGCCCCAGGCAGAGAGACAGGCGCUGGCACUGAGGCUGGCUCUGGCUGCUGUGUUGGCUCAUGAUGUGUAUGACUUGGCUGAACUGGUGGCACACCCGAUCCUGGAAUCCCUCACCGGCACCCCUGACGAGUGGGCUAUUCGUCUGGUGAAGGGAGUCGCGAGCGGGGACCUGGCCGCCUUCGAGCAGGCGCGCGCCGCGGCGCCCUGCCCCGAGCUGAGACAGGCUGAUAGACAGCUGAAGCAGAAGAUCGCCAUACUGUGUCUGAUGGAGAUGGCGUUCAACCGCCCCUCCUCCCAACGAGCACUCUCGUUCGCGGAGAUCGCGGCGGCGGCGCGCGUGCCCCCCGCCGAGGUGGAGCUGCUGGUCAUGAAGGCGCUGGCCGAGAAGCUGAUACGGGGGCAUAUUGAUCAGGUGUCCGAAGUGGUGCACGUGACGUGGGUGCGGCCGCGCUGCGUGUCGCGCGCCGCCGUGCUGCAGCUGGCGGCGCGCGUGGCGGCCUGGAGCAGCGCCGCCGCCGCCGCCGCCGCGCUGCUCGACAACGCCGCUACCGACGUGCUUACUUUGUAGACUUAGAAUAAUAAAUACAUAUA